AUGGAUAUCCUCUGGUUUCUGUUGUACGUUCUCAUUACGGUGAAGGUCUGCCUUGCCCAAGAAACGAUCACAGUCACAACCAUCUUCUCCCGCAGCACCAGCACAGUGACUAAGAGCGUGUCUGAAAUCUUCCAAAGUCCGACGCCUCCCCCCUCAACUACAUUCUCCACCGCCAUCAUACCCGUGACGACUCUCCCCACGACUUUCACGACUUCUGAGCCGCCAGACGCAACCUUUUGGAGCGGGUUGAACGUGUUGCCGACUACUGACUCUCUUGGUCAAACUUUCACCACCUCAUGGUGGGCAGUGUUCUCCCUUGGCGGAACUUCUGCUCUCUCAGUGCCGAUCACGCCUACUUCGCUCCUGAGCAGCCAGACUUCGAGCCAAACUUCUAAUCCUUCUGCCACUACGCCAACAACACCUUCGCCAACCUCCACACCCACAAGUGUAUCUGGAAAGAAAUCCAUCCCUUGGGGUGCAAUCAUCAUUCCCUUGGUACUCGCUUUCAGUGCGGUGAUCAUAUGGUUCAUUAGGAGGACCGUUCAGAAGAAGCCUGGUGGCGACGUCUCUGAGCUAAGUGAGAAGACGUCCCAUUGGGGAUGGCCAUUUUCCCGCCUCGGUCGAACAUCUCAGGGAAACAACGAACCUCAACGGCCGGUUAUUUCCUAUCCACAGCCUAUCACGAUGCAUACCAUGCCCGAAAGAUCGGUAUCGCCUCCUAGCCGUCCACGUCGACCGGCAUCCUUGAGCAACUCGUUGAUAGAAGACAUGCUGAUAUCUCCAACGCUUCGACCAGCUACCCAUAUUACAGACUCAAGUAUUGACAACUCCACAGUUGCUGAAGAUGCCCGCCGCUCGUUCAGUCCUGAACCUCUGCGCGUUAACAAGAAUGCCCGAGCCAGCGAUCCAUUCGGACCCGAUCUGGAGAGCAGCAACGGAAUGCCCUGGUCAGCAACGUCUUCAGUUUACUCGACCUUGCCCGGUGGCCUUGGACCGUCCGUUCCUCAGCCAACAUAUCAGCCCUACCGUCGACCAGAAUCCCCUCCGAGUCGCGUCACGGAUGGUGUCCAUCUCUUCCCCUCUGACCUGCCGAAACGUCGCGCCUCACCAAGAAUCGGUAUUCACGUUGACAUGGAUGAAGAUGACCCACGUAUUAGACGAAUUCGACGUCUGGAGGCGGCGGAAAUGCUGGAGGGCGUGGAGGAGACUACCGAACCGAACACCGCAGCCACAAUGAGUGAUGGAGAUGAGGAUGAGGUUAAGAGUGAAGGGUCGUAUGAUUUUGCUGCUGCGCGGGCCCGUAAAGUCUUGGCGGAUAAGCGCAUGAAGGAGGAGCAAGAAAAGAGCCAAGGAAAGGAUCGCAAGGAUGAUGCUGAUGACGCCGCCCCUCCGAUUCCUGACUAUAAUCCGGCCCGAGAUAAUUGGAAGUGA